UUACAGCUAUGUUCACUUGCAAAAAACGAAACCCAGAUUCUCUAUGUGAUAUUAAUCUGAUUCUGAUCCGAGACCUUCUUCUUUUACCUCUUUUCAUCUUUCUUUCUUUCAAAUCUCUGUGGAAACACCAAAGAAAGCCAGCCAUGGCUACUGAACCGUUGGUUGGACCUUUCCUCUCCCUCUUGUCUUCCAUUGAAAAGCUGUUUGACUGGUUGAGUUGUAGGGAGGUGGUUGAAUUCGUUCGUGAAAUGAAACUGGAAAAUGAAUUUAACAAGCUGGAGAUGAUAUUGUCAUCAGUUCAUGGAUUGGUGUAUGAUGCUGAGACGAAGCAAAUGGGAGACGAAGUUGUAAAGCAGUGGCUUCAAGACGUCAACAACACUGUCAACACUGCAGAGGAUCUACUUUUUCAGAUCUACUUAGAAUGUCAAUUUGAAGCAGCAGCAGCACCUGAAUUUGCAGGAAGCAUCACAUCUAGUGUUCCAUUCCUACGAAGCCCACACCAGAUCCUACUGACAAACCUAAGGGGACUCCAGAUCCUACAGACAAACCUAAGGACUUCGGAUAGUGAGGAAAGACAAGAAGACCCGCUGGGGAAGCGGAAGCUAAACGAGAUCCAAGGUAUUCAUGUGAACCGAAGAGUCCGUCCGUUGAAACAGACGUCUGGAGGCCCGAUAAGGAAGCGCAAGCUACAAGAGAUCCAAGAUGAUAAGCAGAAGAUACAUGGUAUCAAACAGCCCAUUCAUUACGACCUGGUUAUACAGCAGAUCCUGAAAAGGCUAGAAUUUAGUGUGACACAAAAAGAUGCGCUUGGCUUGAGAGAAGGUGUUGAAGUUAAGACAACAACCACAUUAUCGGAAACUACUAAAACAAUGGAGUUGGAGGAAGAAGAAGAAUCUUAUAAUAUUUAUGGGAGGGAUGCUGAUAGGGAAGUCAUCAUUAAGUCGUUGUUAUCAGAUGAAGAUGAAGAAGAAGAAGAAGGUGGUAAUAAGAUAUGUGUAAUUCCCAUUGCGGGCAUCAGCGGAAUUGGUAAGACCACUCUUGCGCAGCUUGUUUACACGGAUAUUGACAAUAAGAAACGUUUUGAUGUCAAAACAUGGAUAACGGUGUCCAAUGAAUACGAUGAUGAUGUUUUCACCUUAUCAAAGAUAAUUUAUGAGAGAGUCACUGGUUCAAAGAAUUGCUGUAUCCGGGAUACAGAUCAAAUUCUACUUGAGUUGAAGGAGUUUUUACAAGGUAAAAAGAUUCUUGUUGUUCUUGACAGUGUUGGGAACUUGAAUUCUCAAAGCUGGUAUGACUUGAAGAGCUCAUUCGAAUCUGCAGCAUCUGGAAGUAAGAUUGUUGUGACAACAAACAAUGAACAUAUUGCAUCAAUGUUGGGUACUGUCACAACUCAUUGGCUACAAUUAUUAUCAGAGAAAGAUUGUUGGCAGUUAUUUUCAAACCAUGCCUUCAAUAACGUAGAGGCAAGUGCAUAUCUAAAUCUGGAAGGAAUUGGUAGACAGAUUGUUAAAAAGUGCGAAGGUCUUCCUUUAGCAAUAAAAUCACUUGCUGGUCUUCUGCGUACUGAAUCGAAUACCACUACAUGGAUUAAUGUAUUAAAAAGCAAAAGAUGGAAUUUACCUAGAAAAAAUUGCAAUGUUCUUGGGGCUCUAUGGCUGAGCUAUUAUUAUUUGCCUCCACAUCUCAAACGUUGCUUUGCUUACUGUUCAAUUUUCCCCAAAGGUUAUCAAUUUCGAAAGGAAAAAUUGAUUUUAUUAUGGAUGGCAGAAGAUCUAUUGCUUCCUCAAAAUGGUAAGACGCUAGAAGAAGUUGGAGAGGAGUAUUUUGUUGAUCUAACAUCAAGGUCAUUCUUUUGUAAAAGUAAAUUUUACGGUUUUACCAUGCAUGACCUUGUGCAUGAUUUGGCUCAACUUGUGUCAGGAGAAUACUGUUUGAGGUUUGAAGACUAUAACUCAAAAAUCCGUUUAUGGAAGGUUCGUCAUUUGUCGUGGAUUGGAAAUAAGAGGCACAGUAUCCAGAGAUUAGUGGAUGUAUCUAAAACUAAAGUCUUGUGCACUCUAGUGCGAGUGGAUGGAUGGUCUGGAUUGAAUAACGAGUUCUUGAUACAUCCUGAAGGAUUGCAAAAUUUCCGAUACUUAAGAGUGCUGUCUUUGUAUCGAGUUGAUGCUGUUACAGAGUUGCUUGAUUCAAUUGGCAAAUUGAAUCUUCUAAGGUAUUUGGAUUUAUCUUGGACUGAAAUAAAUGAAAUACCAAAUACAAUUUGUGGUUUGUACAAUUUGCAGACACUGUUAUUACAACAUUGUUGUAAUCUUAGUCACUUGCCAGAUUCAAUUGGCAAUAUGAAGCAUCUAAGGCACUUGGAUUUAUCUAACACUCAAGUUGAAGAGAUUCCUGACGCAUUGUGUAAUUUGCACAAUUUGCAUACUCUGCUAUUGGGAUCUUGUAAAAAACUUACAUAUUUACCAACUGGUGUUGAAAGACUGAUCAACUUGCAACGCUUGGAUAUUAGUGACACUUCUUUAAGAGAGGUGCCACCACAGAUAUCCAACGUGAGAUUUCUGGAGAUAACAAGUGAUUUUGUUGUGGGCACAAACAGUGGAUCUAGCAUUGAAGCAUUGGGUGAGCUCCAAGAUAUGUGUGAUAAUCUUAGUAUUAGGAGCCUUCAAAAGGUACGAAAUGUUGAGGACGAUCUGGAAGACAAGAAGUGUAUUACUGAUCUGUAUUUGGAAUGGGAGGGUGAUACCAUUGAUUCACAAAAAGCAUUGGAGGUACUUAAUAGACUCCAAACUCUUAUGGAUCUUGAGCAACUAUCUAUUAUAAAUUAUGGAGGUAUAAGCUUCUUAGGUUGGGUAGGAGAACAUUCAUUUUCCCAUUUAGUGUACAUGUGGUUAAGUAAAUGUAGAAACUGUUGCAAUUUGCCACCACUCGGACAGCUACCAUCCUUGAAAUCCCUUAGCAUUGAUGGAUUUGAUAUGGUGGAGAGCAUAGGUAAUGAAUUUUAUAUCAGUGGUUCUUCUACAGUGUCUAAACCAUUCAAGUCUUUAGAAAAAUUGAGUUUCAAAUUUAUGCCUCGGUUGAAGGAGUGGUCAUUUCUGGAAGGUGAAGUUUUCUCACCGCUUAAGCAGCUUGAUUUAGUGGAUUGCCCCUCCUUGACGUUAGAUGCUGCCUGCCUCCCUGAUUCUCUUCCAUCCUUGAAAUAUCUUUGCAUCUCAAAAUGCCAACUUCAGGUGAUGGCUUCACUCCUAAGUUGUCAACUUCCAUUGCUUGGUUCCUUGUACACAGGUUAUUGUCCCGAAUUGGAGUCAUUUCCAGAGAGGAGAUUACCCACUAAUAUACAUACUAUUGAAAUUUGUGGAUGUGAAAACCUCAAGUCAUUUUUAGAGGAGGGGUGGCCUUCGAAUUUAAAAUCACUUUCAAUUGGUAGUUGUGGGAAGCUAUUUGCAUCCCCCAUGCAGUGGAAUCUGCAAACAGUAACCUCUCUUACAUCUUUAGACUUCAGCUGCAUAGAUGAAGUGGUCGACUCAUUUCCAGAGGGAGCACAACUUCCCACCAGUCUGACUUCUCUCACCUUGUGCCGUCUUCAUAACCUUAAAUCACUGAAUGGCAAGGCCUUUCAGCAGCUCACCUCCCUUGAAGAGUUGUCAAUAUCAUAUUGCCCACAGUUGCGAUGCAUGCCAGAAGAGUGGUUGCCUGCCACUUUGAGUUCUCUUCAUCUGAGUUGUCUUGAUAAUCUUCAAACCCUAAGCGGGAUGGCUUUUGGACAGGUUGCAUCCCUUGAAAACUUGUCAAUUUCAUACUGCCCGCAGUUGCUGUGCAUUCCUGAGGAAGGGCUGCCUGCUUCUCUUUCUCAAUUGACUAUCGAGUGCUGUCGUUUUCUAAAUCCACGGUGCCAAAGGGAGAUAGGGGAGGAUUGGCCCAUGAUUGCUCAUAUCCCUAGCAUAUACAUAAUCCAAUAUUGAUAUGACUCAUGUUGUAAAGAGAUGUCCAUCUCUUGUACAAUUUUUCAGAUGCAUAUAAACUAGUUUCAUUCCUGGCGGCUGGGGCUUGUGAAUUUCUUCCUGGAGUCGGUAUCCCCUGCAUAUGGGUUUUCUUAAUUUAUUAAGGAAUUUACAGGAGUUCAAAGCAUGUUUCAGCAUGGCAUGGUCCCAUUCAUAAUUCUUCUGCAGCUGUGUAAGAUUUACCUCAUUGUAGGUUGCACCACUUUUGGCCAUCCUCUCAUGGAAUUAAUAAUUUACUUGAUCUUUGUUAAAGUUUUAACAAGCCAUGUAUUGUUUUGGUGCCUGUUUUCAUUUAACAAUGCUGGCUGUUGCUCCUUCUCUUUAUGUUUCAGACUCAUAAUUUUCCCUUGUAAUAUUUUGAAGUGCAUGGAUAAAUUUAUAUUUGUUUGACAGAUAUAUUGCAUGUAUAAAACGAGAUGUUAUUUCUA